UUUGUUUACAACAUAGCUGGAAACCUACUUAACGCGAGACUUAGCACGGUAGCUAGCUAACGUAGCUAGCUUGUUGCAACUGUUUGGAGUUUGUAUAUGAUAUUAAUAAUGCUGUCGACGACACCGGUGAUGCUCACCUUCUUUCCUGCGUGCCAUUUCGACAUAUGUAGUUAUCUGAGCGGAACUAAAGAGGACGGAAAGUUAAAUGUAACAUUUGGCUAACGUUAUAGCUAUUAUGCUAACACGCUAACCCGCCUGCUAGCUUUUUAAAUGAGCUCGCUUCUUAACAGAGGUUACAACAUCACAAAUCGGUGAAAUAACUUGUUGGUGUUAAAGUUAUUUAAAGGAAUGGCUAUAGCUAUUUAAACUCAGCUAUAAUAAAACUCAGCUACCCCUGUCAAAGCGAAGUAAUGCUCGCCGUCGUCCAGCUGCUGCACUCACCACCAGGCAGCAGCUCACACACCGACAGGACUGAUUGAAUGCAUAGGAAGAAGUCACUUGGUCCAGUCGCGCCGAGUUCCAUUCCAACUAAUGGCGAUUUAAUCUAGCCUUACUUGUCAAAAAAGACUUGUACCCUGCCCAUCAUACAUUUAUAUAAUAUUUUGAUCAGUCAAAUCCAUUCUUGAAAUCGGCAUGUAAAGCAGCCUGUUUAAUAUAUCGAAUAUCAUAGCAUUGUUUGGUACUGCUCGACCACUUUGUAUUUGGCGACAAAGACAGUAAGAAGUUUACAUUUUACUGAGGCAAAUUGUUUCUGUGAUAUUAAAUGUAGUACGAAUUAAAAUGUGACGCCUAAUACUUCGAUAAUUAUCUUUAAUCAAUUUCGGGUGCGUGCCUUCCUGCCUAAAUAGUCAAGCCCAAUUUAUUUUUGCGGUUAGUUAGGAUGACAACUUUCUUUCAUGAAGUGUGAAGAGCGCCAUGCAUCACACUACAGCUCCCCGUGUGUUUGAAGCUAGUAAUAACAGCGGUUUUGGGCGUGCGCACACUGAACCAGCUGUAGGACUGAGUGGAAGCGAGAUGAGAAUACUAAGCAGGCACCUCAUGGCUCAGCAUCAGCACCGGGCUGAGUUAGGAUUUGCGCACCCUCCAAACUUGGCUUGGGACCUCAGCAUGUGAACAGGCUUUGCAGACAGAGGAUCCACCUAGAAUGUCAGCUCUGAAGAAGGUGUUGCCAGGCAUACUGCAGAAGCAUUGCUGCAUCUUACCAGACAGGAACACAGGUGUGAAGAGGUUGCUGAUGAAAUUGAAGAGCAGGGAGAUAUACUCAGACCAGCAGUAUUCAUGGUCGCCCUCGCAAUACUUCGAUGAGGACAGCUACUCCCCUCCACCCAGGAACAUGAAGGGUCUCUCUGGCGGCCGCCCUGCCCAGCUCCAACUCACCUCAGCCCACACCUGCGGCUUGGCUGAAUGCGACCAUUCCCUGGAUCAUCACCUCCACCAUGGCAACUCACGCCCCCCCUCCUACCUCCUCAGCCCCACUGAAAGCUGUCCCCUUGAGAGUCACCACCGCUGCUCCCCACGGAGCUCCAUCCACUCUGAGUGCAUGGUGAUGCCAGUGUCCAUGUCGGCCACUGACCACUCCAUCUCUAGUAGCACUUUCCCCCGCAUGCACUACGGCAGCGCCUCGCGGGACAGCGGUGGCAACACUUCUGGUGGCAGGGAAUCCAGAGAGGACGGUGGCUCAUCCUCGCACGGUGGCAGUGGCAAAAUGAACCGAAUCCCAGCAAACCUCCUGGACCAAUUUGAGAAGCAGAUGCCGCUGCACCGGGAUGGCUUCCACACACUGCAAUACCAACGCACCUCCACCACAACCACAACUACAGAGCAGCGUAAUGAAAGCCCUGGGCGAAUACGUCACUUAGUCCAUUCGGUACAAAAGCUCUUCACAAAGUCACACUCUCUAGAAGGUUCCUCCAAAAUGAACGGUACCAAAAGCGACUCGCACCGGGACAACUCUCACCACCACCAUCACCACCACCAAGGCCACCACAAACACAGCAAACGCAGCAAGAGCAAAGAACGCAAAUCUGACGGUAGCGGCAAGCAGCGCUCGGGAGGCUGGUGGAGUUCGGAUGACAACCUGGAUAGUGACAGCACAUACAGAACACCCAGCGUCAUGUCACGGCAUCCUAUGGACCACAUCAGCCACUGCUACCCUGACUCAAUGCAUGGCCACCUGGCUGGAGACCUGUCGCUGAAGACAUCCAAGAGUAACAACGAUGUCAAGUGCUCAGCCUGCGAGAGCAUAAGCAUGGCACCAGAGGGAAAGUUCAUGAAGAGGAGCUCCUGGUCAACGCUAACGGUCAGCCAAGCCAAGGAGGCCUACAGGAAGUCCUCUCUCAACCUGGAAAAGCCCAUGACGCCCACUGACCUCAAGCCCAACCUCAGGCCCUGUCACUAUCUACAGGUACCCCAGGAUGACUGGGGGGGUUACCCUGGCGAUGGGAAGGAUGACGAGAUCCCUUGUCGUCGGAUGCGGAGCAGCAGCUACGUUAAAGCCAUGGGGGACGAGGAGAGCGGAGAGUCGGACUCCAGCCCCAAGACGUCGCCUCAGAAGUCGGUGCGGCCGGACGCCCUGGUCAAGGCCAUUAUCAGACCCAGGGACUUGUUGGACUCCCAGAGCUCUUACCGCCUGGAUAAAAUCAACAGUGACAUGCGUAACUACAUCACCAAUUUUGCUGCAGACUUAAGUCAGAGCUACCACUUGCAAGCCACCAGAGACAUGCACCCAAGCAUUGCCCUGGAUCCCUCUGCCAACUACAACUCUCCCAAGUUUCGCUCCAGGAACCAGAGCUAUAUGCGGGCCGUCAGCACUCUUAGUCAGGCUAGCUGUGUUAGCCAAGUGAGUCAGGUGAGUGAAACAGAAAUAAAUGGCCAGUUUGAAUCAGUGUGUGAGUCAGUGUUCAGUGAAGUGGAAUCCCAGGCCAUGGAAGCUUUGGACCUGCCUGGCUGCUUCAGAACCCGGAGUCACAGCUACCUGCGAGCCAUCCAGGCCGGCUACUCCCAAGACGAUGACUGCAUCCCCCCCAUGGCCUCCACCGUCACCUCCACCAUCAGGUCUACCACAGGAAUCCAGUUCUGUCUCCCCUCCACCUGCAGCAUUGAUCGGACUCCCCAGCAAACCCCAGCCAUCACUUACACACCCAACUACAAGAAGACCCCUCCUCCGGUCCCGCCUCGCACCACCUCCAAACCCCUCAUCUCCAUCACGGCCCAGAGCAGCACUGAGUCCACCCAGGACGCCUACCACGAGGGGAGGCACCCUCAUGGUGGGAUGUGGGCCCCUGAAGGCCUCAGCCUUGGACUGGGCCCAGGCAGGGCCCUCUACAACUCUAACGACAGCCUGGACAGUGCCAAGGCUGUGACUAUAGCCAUGGAGGCAGCCGGAGUCAUGGCUGGAAAAAGACACCCGUCCACAGACAGCCACAGCUCGGUGCUCACCUGUGACAAGGCCAUCCUGGUGUCCAAGGCAGAGGAGUACUUGAAGACACCUCGAUCCUCUAUAGGGAUACAGGUGGAAGCAGCCACGGACUCUGAAUCUGAAAGCAAAGGCUCGCGGGAGUACCACUCUGUUGGGAUCCAGGUGGAGGACAACAAGAAGGGACAGGGCAGGUUCAAACGCUCCAACAGUGUGACUGCAGCUGUGCAGGCUGACAUGGAGUUGGAGGGCUUCCCUCUCAUGGAGGACAAAGGCCUGCAGUUCGGAGGGGGCUUCCAGCGUCACUCAGAGCCCAGCACGCCCACCCAGUACGGGGCGGUGCGAACUGUACGUACACAGGGGCUCUUCAGCUACCGUGAGGAUUACCGUACCCCUACUGAACCCCCCAGUCCCAGGGAGACCACCAGCGAGACCACCUGGCAGCUGGAACCCCCCUCCCCACGGGAGAGCGCGGUCUCGUCGGGCGAGUCAGGCAGGGCGUCCCCGUCCCUGAGGAGGGAUGGGAGCUGGUUCAUGCAACUGCUCCACACGGAGACUAAGAAGAUGGAGGGCUGGUGUAAGGAGAUGGAAGCAGAAGCUGAAGAGAAUGACCUGUCAGAGGAAAUUCUAGGCAAAAUCCGAAGUGCAGUGGGAAGCGCGCAGCUGCUCAUGUCUCAGAAAUUCCAGCAAUUCUACUGGCUGUGUCAGCAAAACCUGGAUCCCAGUGCCAUGCCGCGGCCCACCUCUCAGGACCUGGCUGGGUUCUGGGACCUACUGCAACUCUCCAUUGACGACGUCACCGUGAAGUUUGACCAGCUGCAGCAAAUCAAGAGCAACAACUGGAGGCCAGUAGACAGCCCAGAGAAGAAGCCACCAGCUCCUGUACCAAAGAAGACAGUUCGACAGAAGAGUGUGAUAACGAGGGAGAAAUCCCUGGACCUCCCAGACAGGCACCGACAGGAGGCCCGGCGGCGGCUCAUGGCCGCUAAGCGGGCAGCCUCCUUCAGGCAGAACUCAGCCUCGGAGCGAGCAGACAGCAUCGAGAUCUAUAUUCCCGAGGCUCAGACUAGACUUUGAGAAGAUAGGGUCCAGGGCCUACACGUCUCCCUGCUCCCACAUUCAAACAACUUUAAAACUAGCCUUUUUUCUAGACUGCUAUGCUCUCUACUCUUCCUUUAUCCAUCUGUUGUCUGAUCUCGAUCUCGCCAUCCUCAGAGCCCAUCGCCAACACCAUUGGUCUGUAGGAUGUGCCAACCCUCUUCUCGUAUUGCCAAUAAGUGUUAGCAGAAAUGUAUGUCUGACAUGGGUUGGUUGGGUUUCUCCUUGGUUUGCUGGUGAUCAUGAUACCCAGCCUACAAGCUCUCUCAUCCAAUAUCCUGGAUGGGUACGUCUGUAGUUUUUCAGCAUUUGCAAAGUGCCAUUUAAAAAAGUGCAGCUUUGAAAACCUACCAGCAACCAGGCCUUUGAGCUAAAAAGAGUAAAUGAGAGAAAUUAUAUUUAUUUCAAGUUGUUAAAAAAUGGUAAAAGUUAGUAACCCUUCAGUAUUUUUCAAUAAUUUAAGGUUAUAUUAUGACUUUUUUUGGGGGGGGGUAAAUGUUAAUUCCGAGCUAAAUAUCACAGAAUUGUUGUAAGUUCAAAACUUUUAAAGUGCCAAUGCUUGAAAUACCUCAACUAUGUGCAUGUGGCACUGAUCACCCAUUCAAGGUUAUUCAGGCAGCCCUUAUAAGCUCUGGACUGGUCAGUGUUGAAAAAUGCAGCUUUCUACCCAAUCUGGUUGUAGUCAAACAUUUUACUUGGCCUGGAUUGGUGGAAGAAUGACAUUUGUCACCUCAUUAACAUGCACAUUUCAAACAACUUUCCUAUGUAUCUCAUGUUCCUGUUGCCAACUUUCAAAUAUUGACAUUUACUUGAAGCUGAAAACAUGCAGGUCUUGUGCCAACAUUUCCAUUAUGUCAAUGCAGUAGAAAAAACUAUGAAGGUUUGUUUAACUCCUUAGAUCAAAAUGUGUAGAGAAAUGCACUUAUGCACUUAUUACAAUUCUCUCUAUUUCCAAGGGAAAUGUACAUACCCAAGUUCACAAUAGUACUGUUGUAUUUUUGAAUUGUGAGCGGGGAAGAAUAUUCAUUGUGUAUAUUUUUUCCCUCAUGUCCACUGCUUGCCUGCCCUCUGCCCUAUUGCUUUUGACAAAUCUAGAUUUGUUGCAUACAUCCAGUGUCUUGAACACACACACAAAACAAUACUGCAUUGUUUUCAUCUAAUAUACUUCUCUCAGGCCCUUUCAAGUAGCGCCCUCAACCACAGUUAAUGAGGAGUGAUAGAAAAACCGCCAAAACAAAAUAUCUGCAUACUAGUUUCUUUAAUACAAGAAAAUAUUUGUUAUUUUCAUAUUUCUUGGAAAGUUCUGUGUUGUUGAAAGUCUCCUGAAGCAGUAUCAACACUGCAUUCACUCCCUCUAGGAAAUACUGGGAAAUAAUUGGAGCAAAGGCAUUCCAGAGGGAUGUAAGCAGCAAGUCCCAAACAAUUAAAACUUUGCAAGUCUCCGGUUAAGAGGAAGUACAUGAGGAACAGGAUAUUAACUGUGGCUAUGCAGAUUCACGUAUGAUGUUUUGUCACAACAUGAUGUAGUUUAGCUAUAAAUUAUUAUUUGCUUUGAGUCCCAUGACAAUGUUGAGAUUUACCAAUUGCACCAGAUCUUCCUAAGUUCAAACGUAGCCUACUUCUGACUUAAGUGUUCAACAUUAAGUGGAGAUUUCCAUAUCACUAAAUUAUAACGGGUUGACCACACAAACAAAUUCUACAUAUUGGUUGUUACAAAAUACUUACACAUACACUGCCAGGUGUAACUGUUACCUAGCUAACAUAAACAACUGACAAAACCAACGUUAGCUUGCAUACAUAUGACCUGUUUAGACUGAUGAGUAAAAGAGUAAAGAUAUUACAUUUCAUGAAAAUAACACUCCACAAAUUACGGAGCUGUAUGCUAAUAAUGUGCAGGCUAAAACACUAAAUGUGUUAGCUUAGCAUAAUCAGAUAAUUCCAGCUAAGCUGUUACUAACUCUUAACUCGAACAUUUGAAAUACUAAAUGCUUGCUAGGUAAGACAUUUUUUCAAAGUUUCUAUGGUAUGCUACAACAUGAUUUAGUAAAUCACUAGCUUGAAAGUAGCCAGUAGAUAAGAACUUAGGAAGGACUUUACACACAAACUUAGUAAUGGAUUUAUGAAUAGCUGGUGCAGCCGUGAAAUGGUAUGUGAUGUGAAAGUGGAUAAGAGUCUUUAGUGGUCAUAUAGAAUUUACUUUAGUGCCAGGUGGUUAUAAGUAAAUUGUUCAUAAAGGUAAACUCAUCUUGAGCAAAAGCUACAACUCUGCUGCUCUUUACUAUCAAACUUUGGUGCCAGUAACUUGAACAUUAGUCUUCAUUGCGUUGCCAAUGUUAUAUUCAAAUCACUGACCUAAAGACUUAAGACUAUUGGUAAAAACUUUGGAUAAUCAACCAACUAAAUGGUGCUGCUUUUUAUUUAAUUAAUACAGCACUAGACAAACAAUCAAUGCAACACAGUGUGCUUCACUUAAAAAAAUCUAUUUUUAUGACUUAGAAAAUUUUUGGUUGAGUGAUUGUGCCAGUGUGCCUGGCAUCGUUAUAGGGAUGGCCCAGGGAGAUGUAUCAGAUAGCAGUAACUACAAAGUACAUUUCUCUGGAUUAGAAUAUUUUGUGUGCAUGUGUGUUUUGUUGAUAUGUGUGCGUGUACCUUGUUUUUGUAGCACAGUGCUGACAUAUUCAGAAAAGAGAGGGUGAAUCUGGGGUCAGUGUGGCUUGAUUUCCCUAUUACUACCCAGCUGUGGCCUGACCUGCAUCUUUCCCUCCCACACAUACAUAUACACAUUGUCCCUAUGUCGUCAGCACUCUGUUGAAACAUAUUUUAGAUACCAUACCAUAGCAUAUAUUUUAUUUUUUUGUGCUAAUGAUUGUAUUUUUGAUAAAAUACAAUCCACAUUUCUAACCAUA